AUUAAGCGAAGAGAGAUCAACGGCUGCGGAGGAAGCACGAAGGGCAUAUAUAUAUAUAGUCUUUAGGGACUUCUUCAGUAGACAGUUGAGAAUGUGAAGUCUGCAUGAUCCGCCUAUUUAUAAACAUUUAUUUUUCCAUUCUGUCUACGGGAGAAGAGGAUUGCGGGCGCUUACAACAAAUGAGGAUUAAAGAAGCGGGUCCAUUUGUAAGUUCAGUUCACCUAUACUUGAUUUGACUACUGAAUGGUGCUACAUUUGAGAAAGAAAAUUAUUAAAGGGAACAGAUACAUUUAUCUGAAGCAUCACACAGCGAGCAUAUUUAUGUUAUUUCAUCAACCAAAUAAUUGAUUUUCUUCUGACGUUAUCUGGUGGGAUUAUGUAUGCUUUUUGACCUUUGCUGAAGAAUUUGAACCUGCAACCUCAGUUUAUUGUUCAUUUUAAGGGUUUAUAAGCUACUGUGGAAGACUCUGUAGCGUCUUAUGCUCUAUACUGAGGGUUAUUGUAUCAUUUACAAACAGUUCUAAGAGUUAUAAGCUACCGUGGAAGACUGUGGUGUCUUAUGCUCCAUACCGAGGGUAAUUGUAUCAUUUGCAAAUAGAAGAAACUGAAAGAUAUGAAUAAAACGGGACGUUCUUCUUUAGCGGCUGCAUAUAUAGGGAAGACAGGGCAACAACCUAUGGUUCCAAAUGGCAACAGGGGUUCAGUUGGUGGUGGUGCUCUAGAAUUCUUGCUUCAGGAGGUUAUAUCCCGUAUUCAACCUUCACAGGAUGAUCGCGAGAAACGAUCAAGGAUGAUCACAAAAAUCAAAAUGGUUCUUACAGAUUUAGAGCCAUUGAAAGGUGCCUCUAUAAAGCCAUUUGGAUCGUUUGUCUCCGACCUCUACACACGCUGUGGAGAUCUAGAUAUUUCUAUUGAGUUGGCUGCUAAUGGACAACAAUCCUUGGAAGUGGGAAAAAAUAAGAAGAGGAAACUUUUGAACAAUAUAAAACAAGUUCUCAUAUUAAGAGAUGCAGGUGUUGCUCGACCUCGAUCAGUACAAUUAAUUCCAUCUGCAAGAGUUCCCUUGCUCAUCUUUGAGGAUUCAGAGUCUCAGAUUUCUUGUGAUAUCUCAAUCAACAAUGGAUCUGGCCUGUUUAAGUCUAAAUUCCUUUACUGGAUAUGUCAAAUAGACACAAGAUUCAGAGAACUGGUUUACCUUAUAAAACAUUGGGCAAAGGCACACAACAUAAAUGAUCCAAAGAGUGGGACAUUGAAUUCAUUUUCCCUUAGCUUGCUCGUUAUUUUCCAUCUACAAAAACAGUCUCCUCCAAUUCUUCCUCCAAUUAAGGAUAUAUACGAUGGCGACAUUGCUAGUGACUUAGCAGGGGGAAAAGGAACAAAUGAGAUGGAGGUUGAAAACAGAUGUUUACGGAAUGUUGAAAAAUUCAAACUGCAGGCAUUUAGUAAUCAGAAUAAGAGUUCCGUUUCUGAUCUGUUCAUAUCAUUUUUUGCUCUGUACGCCUCUGCUGCAGAUAAAUGGUUAAACGGAUUGACGGUAUGCACAUUCACUGGCAAGUGGGGAAAUACAUCGAGUAGGGAAUACCGGAUUGCAAAGAAAUAUGCAAUAGUUAUUGAAGACCCCUUUGAUCAUACGGAAAAUUGUGCAAGAAGUGUGACUGAAUCAACACUCAAGAUAAUAUCUGAUGAGCUUCUGGGAACAAAUCAAUUGCUGCAAAGGCUUCCCAUGUUAUCUAAUAUGGAUUCACUACACCAAAUUUUGUUUGGUUCACCCCAUGAGACGCCAAGGCCAUAUAUUUUACCAUCUCAAGAAACGAUAUUAAAUACAUCAAGGAGAAUUGAAGAUGAUACAAAUAGGGGUAGAUUUAUGCAAGCUUCUCAGAGAUCAUAUAAUCCACCAGUUCAAAGGAAUCAACCAACUUUUGCAGCCAGAUCUGUGGAUUCGCUAUCAGCAACCUUUAGCCAGGGUUCUUUGGAUGAGAGGAGUAUGACUGGACAGCCAAAAAUUGUCUCUACAUCAUCUUCAAUUUAUAGGCAUCAGGCACAACCCUCUUCAUAUGGUGCUAUCCACAAUUUUCCACAACAGCAUUAUCCUUCAGAAAGGAUGCAACCAACUCCAGCAGUGCAGUUCAUGCCUGCUGUGCCAAACAGACAAACUUGGAAGCCGAAGAAUCGUUCACAGGGAAUUUAAGUUUUAACUGGUGAAAUCUUUCAUACGUUAUGCAUUCUUCAAUUUAAACGUGCAUCUGCAUACAAGUUGGAUGCUAUUCCAAUCUGAGUGGGUGAAUAUCAAGUCUAUUUACGUAAAACAUUCAGUACAACUUGAAUAUCAGUAAUUCAUCUGAAGAAAAAUCUGACAUGGUUGACAUGCAUCUUGCACAGUAGUGGUUUCUUCCAACCAUUUUAACACUUUUUGUAGAUAUUGUGAGGCUUCUUCUGAAUGGAUAGAGCCACAUUCUCAUGUUGAGUGAAAAUGUUCUUUUGUUUUUGUAAGCUUCAAGAUUUGAUAUAAAAUAUUCGCCAACUAUUACAGCUUU